AUGUAUAUCAAUGGUCUGUUACUUCUGGUAGCCAUCAGCAUUGACCGGUGUGUGGCUGUCCUCUUCCCAAUCUGGCAUCGCUGUUCCCGGCCAAAACAUUUGUCCCCUGCUGUCUGUGCUUUUAUCUGGAUCUGCUCUUUCCUCCUGGGUGGAAUUCCAAACAUUGUGGAAUAUGUAUUGGAAUCUAAUGCCAACUUGUACCCCCAUUUGCUGAUGACUACUGAGAUUUGUAUUCCAUUGAUCACAACCUCUACUGUGAUUCUUUUAGUCAAAAUAGUUCUUAAACCUAAGCAGAACAAACGGGGAAGACUUUUAGUAAUGACCUUAAUUACUCUUCUCUGUUUUCUUAUUUUAACUGUUCCAUUAGAUAUCUACCUUUUCAUUAUUAAUGUUCUUGACAAGAAUUAUUUUUCACAAUUUCCUCUAUUGGACAAAUAUUUUGAACUGGGUGCUUGCCUAAACAGCAGCAUUAACCAAGUGAUCUAUUUUCUGGUUGGGAGAAAAAAACAAACUCGGUCCAGGGAAAGCAUCAAGACCAUUUUUCAAAGAGUCUUCAGGGAAGAUGAAGUUUCUGAAGCCAGAUAG